AUGGGGCACAAAGAAAAAUCAAAGGACCGAAAAGAAAAGAGAUUGCAACAGAUUUCUCUUUUGAGAACCAUUCCUUAUUCUGAUCACCAGAGGUGGUGGUCCAAGGAAACUGUUGCUGUGGUUACAGGUGGAAACAGAGGAAUUGGGUUUGAGAUAUGUAGGCAACUUGCUGGUCAUGGAGUGACUGUUGUACUGACUUCAAGAGAUGAAAGUGUUGGUGUUGAAUCAGCUAAGGUCUUGCAAGAAGGUGGCCUCACAGAGGUGGCUUGUAAUCAACUUGACAUAUUGGAUCCUUCAUCCAUCAACCAAUUUGCUCACUGGUUGAAGGAAAAUUAUGGUGGUUUAGACAUUCUGGUAAAUAACGCUGGUGUUAAUUUCAAUCAAGGGUCCGAAAACAAUGUUGAAAAUGCUCGCAACGUUAUUGAUACAAAUUAUUAUGGCACCAAGAGCAUGAUUGAAGCUAUGAUUCCAUUGAUGAAGCCAUCCGCUGCUGGUGCUCGUAUUGUAAAUGUGAGCUCACGUUUAGGUCGAUUAAAUGGGAAACGAAAUGGAUAA